UAGGGUUAGGUUGUCACAACGCCUCCUCUUCCCGAUAGGGUUAAAGCAGAUUCGUAGGCGAAGGCGAGCGAUCGAGCGAGCGAGCGAGCGAGGGAGGAGUAAGAGGAAAGCUGAGGUCAGUGGAGGGAUUCCGCUUUCGUUAUUGUUAUUGGAUCGUUUUCGGCUGUAGCCACUCGACGGCGGACGAGGUGAUCGGUCAAAGGGGCGGCUGUGGUUGGCGCGUUUCCUGCCAGAUCUUGAACUUAGAUUCGUAUUUUUUGCAACAAUUAUAGAGUUCAUCUCUUGACCUUGCAUAUCUUCCGAAGUGGAGGUUGUCAGGAGUAGUGUGUCUUUUAUGUCUGAAUUGGACUCUCUUUAUUUGGGAUCAAUUGGGCUGCUUGGAGAGUACCGUCCUACUUCUAGGAAAAAGCACAUAUGCUUUUCUGAAGAUUUUGGUCACAUUCAUACUGCGACGAUUAGAGAUUCCAUAUCAAUCAAAAGUCGCCACUUUAUGCAACCUGCUUUUCUUGAGAUCAAUUCCAAAGAAAGAAGCAUUCCGCUGUCUUUUACUGCUGAUACUCUCUAGCACAACCUUGUUCUUUUAGUUUCCACUGCUGAAGAUGGCGUUCCAAAACAUAGGUGCUGCCAACAGUGAUGAUGCCUUCUACAGGUAUAAAAUGCCCAAGAUGAUAACAAAAAUUGAGGGCCGUGGAAAUGGCAUUAAGACCAAUAUAGUGAAUAUGGUUGAUAUUGCAAAAGCAUUGGCUAGGCCUGCCUCUUACACUACCAAGUACUUUGGGUGUGAGCUUGGAGCCCAAUCCAAAUUUGAUGAUAAAACAGGUAUAUCACUUGUUAAUGGUGCUCAUGACACUGCCAAAUUAGCUGGUCUGCUCGAGAAUUUCAUUAAAAAGUAUGUUCAAUGUUAUGGAUGUGGCAACCCUGAAACUGAAAUUAUCAUCACAAAGACCCAGAUGAUAACAAUGAAGUGUGCUGCAUGUGGCUACUUAUCAGACGUAGAUAUGAGGGACAAACUCACAACCUUUAUUCUGAAGAACCCACCUGAGCAGAAGAAGGGGUCAAAAGAUAAGAAGGCAAUGAGGAGGGCGGAGAAAGAAAGACUCAAGGAAGGGGAGGCUGCUGAUGAAGAACAAAAGAAGUUGAAGAAAGAGAUAAAGAAGAAGAGUUCCAAGGAUGCCGUUACUUCAAAAUCUACUUCUAAGAAGAAGACUGUCAGCUCUGAUGAGGAGCGAACCUCACCAAAUGGGAGUCAGGUUGAUGAGAAUGAUGAGGUGGUUGAUGAGGAAGAUGAUAUCCAGUGGCAAACUGACACCUCUCUUGAAGCAGCUCGCCAACGUAUCCAGGAACAGCUGAAUGCUGUUACAGCUGAGAUGGUCAUGCUUUCAACCAAUGAGGAAGAGAAACCAAAGGAAGACAAGAAAUCUGAAUCCCACAAAUCUAAUGGACCCGUUGAGGAAACCAAGAAUGUCAGCACACAUGACAAGCUCGUUAUGGAGUUCAGAGGCAAAUUGGAGAAGGGUUCGAAGCCAAGCGAGCUUGCCACAUUUGCCAAGUCACUGGCAGGUUCUCCGCAGGAAGUUAUGGAUGCACUUUUUGAAGCUCUCUUUGACGGGACAGGGAAAGGGUUUGCCAAGCAAGUGGCCAAAAAGUUGAAUUACAUUACUGCUGCAGUGCAGGAAGAAGGGGCACAGAUGCUUCUGCUCCAUGCUAUUGAGACCUUCUGUUGUAAUCGUAGCGGGGAUGCAGUUAAGGAGAUCGCUUUAGCUGCUAAAGUUCUUUAUGAUGGAGACGUGCUUGAGGAGGAGUUCAUAGUCCAGUGGUAUCAGAACGGCAUCACAGGAGCAACUAAGAAUUCUCCGAUGUGGAAGAAUAUGAAACCUUUUAUUGAGUGGCUUCAGAAUGCCGAGUCCGAGGAAGAAGAGUAAGUUGGUCUUUUAAUAUUAUAUUGCGAGUGUUGUCCUAAUAUAGUACCGGUGCCAUUUACUUAGUGGUUUGUUUGUGUGAAGUCUUACUUUUAAUGGUGAUGCAGAACAAGUCUAGAGGUAAUUUUGGAGUCCGAAAUAGUCCAAGUUUGGAGUCUGCUAUGUUUUAUGGUUGUGUUCACAUUGUCUCUUCGUAAACUGCUUUGCUUGCUGCAUAAGUUCUAUCGUAUUUAUGCAUUAAAAUAAAGGACGUGUAAUAUGAAGAUGUUCAAUUAUGUUUACAUGUUAUGGU